CGAAAAGCUCCCCUGGUAUCAUCGGAAUAUAUCCAAGUGCAUUAGUACUCGUGAUGUCAGUUCUGAUGAAACCAGCCUCUUGAUGCAACUUUGCGCUGAGCGUUAUUACAUUUCUUCUGAAGCGUUUCACACUAGGUCAUGUACAUAUGGGCCCUUAGGAACAGAACUAAAGAAAAACAUUAUUGAGCUGUGGACUUCAGCAAUACGUUCAAGAGCAUAUGUUUUUGGGAUAAAUACCUCAGCGUUAAGUAUAACGUGUGAGGAACCUUUCAGGAUUGUUGACAUAAGGACUCUUAAAGAAAUCCUAAACCAAGACAGUUUUACUACAGAAGAAGCAUCUCAAAAGAUUCAAAAACUUUUGAAAGACAAUGCGUCUGUUCGGACGAGUCUGCUACAGGGUGCUUUACAGCAGUAUACUCAGGCUUUGGAGCUUGUGAAUAGGACAUUACCUUUUGGAUUGGCAGAGGUUGGUCUGUGCCAUCAUUUCGAUAAUCAGCUCAGACAUUCAUCCAGUUGUUCUUUUGAGGUAACCGAAUCAUCUUUGGUCUGGUUCUGUUCUCCCCGGACUUCUUCACAGUGGAUGGACUACUGGGCUCAUCAAAGACUGCAGUGGUGGAGGAAGGUAAAGCAUGGAAGCACAAAUAUGGGAGAAUUGGGUACUGACACUUAGAGCAGUGGUGGUUCUCAACUGGUUUGGCUAUGGUCGUUAAGCUGUGACCCAAAUAUUUUCCAUAUUUUCUUAAAAAUGCCUGACACACAAGUACUGUCCCUCUUUACUUAAAAUUACAUUAAAGGGAUAGUUCUUUCUUCUGAACACAAAAGGAUAUGUUUUAAAGAAUGUUUCAGACCUGACUUCCAUAGUAUUUUUUUUCUUACCAUGGAAUAUUUUUUUUCUUUACUCUUGUGUCUGACAGUACAUUUAAAUUGGUAAAGUUACUGAUUUGAAAAGUUAGUAAUAAAAUAUACAACAAAGCAACACAUUAUAUAAUAAAAUAAGCAGAUCUAUU